UUAAAAAUUUUCUAAUUUUUAAUGGAAAAUUUUGUUUAUGAAAUUUUAUAUUAGGGACAAAAGUGACAAUCUCAAAAUAUCCCAACUUCGGCCCAUUUUUGUAUUGUAGCCCAAUCAUUAAUGGCCCGUUUGUACUUCAUCGAGCAUCCACAGGAUCGGUCGUCGACCUUUUUUCUCACCAGGUAAGUUUCUCCGUCACAAUUUGAUUCGUUUCUUUCUGUUCUUUGCUGCUUUUUCUUCUGUUCUGUUUCUUCUUCAUCGGGCAUUCACAACGAUCCAUCAUCAACCUUUUUUCUCACCAUGCAUUUACAGCGAUCGAUCGUCGACCUUUUCUCUCACUAGUUGUUCGUUUCGACAUAUUUCGUUUGUGGGUCAUUUCCAACAUUUGGUAUCAAAGCUAGGAUGCCGAAACAAAUACCGUUGCCAUACAAAGUUUCUGGAGGAGAUGUGACAGCGAUAACGAGCGGAAGGAAGGGGAGUGUAACGCCACAGUACCCGUUACUCACGAAGAGUAACUACGUAGCAUGGUCAAUAAAGAUGCAUGUUAACUUACAGAAGGCACAGGGCAUGUGGGAUGCCAUCGAGCAUGGUGAUAAAGUUGAGGAGCGUAAUGACAGGAUGACUCUUGCCGCCAUCUAUCAAACAGUCCUAGAGGACGUUCUUCUCAUGUUGGCAGAGAAGGACUCGACAAAGGCAGCAUGGAAGAAGCUGCAAAAUGCAUGUAGGUGAGGAACGUGUUAAGGAAACAAAGGUGCAGACCUUGAAGGGCUGGUCUAGCAAGAAUCCUACCAAGACCUUGAAAGAUAUGAAAGAUCUCCCUCCAAGCCGUACAUACGACUUUCAAAAAUUUGAUUUUUUGAGUGAGUUCGAGGCUAUCCCAAUGAAGGACGGUGAGUCAAUAGACGACUUUGUCAUGAAGUUGACGACGAUCGUCAGUGACAUCCAUUCAUUAGGCAACGUGAUGGAGGGGAUCUCCGUCGUCAGGAAGUUCCUUCAAGCUGUUCUCUCAAGAUUCAUGUAGAUUGUUACUUCCAUCAAGUAGUUCGGUGACCUCAAGAACAUGCGGUUAAGGAAGUCGUUGAUCGUCUUAAGGUCCAUGAGGAGAGACUUCAUGGCUACGAAGACAAAGAGGAGGAGAAAUACCUCUUACUCAUACAUGAGGAGUGGCUCACAUGGACGAAAAAGAAAGAUGCAGAUGACUCUUCUUCUUUAGGUACAAACGAAUGUAGCAGCCAUAAUAAAGGAAAAAGAGGUCGUCAUGACUGCGGUCAUGGUGGCAAAGGUGGUCGUGACAAUCCCUCACAAACUCAUGAAAAUGCCAACCCUCGGAAGGACAAGAGUAUGAUCAAGUGCUACUCUUGUAGAAAAUGCGAGCAUUAUACGGCAGAGUGCCGCAAUAAGGAGCGUGAUGAGGAGGUAAACCUCAUGUUCUCAGAUGAUGAAGAACCCACAGUGAUGUUGACCGAGGAAAUGCCCAAUUUGUUGAUGCUCAAUGAAGAUAAGGUUAUAGCGAACCCCUUCACAGACAAAGAAGAUCAAGUGGAGACCAGCAUGUGGUACCUAGACAACGGAGCGAGCAACCACAUGACUGGAGAUCGAGCAAAGUUUAAGAAACUUGAUGAAAAAUUCAUUGGAAACGUAAAGCUUUGCGACAGAUCAAUUGUACCAAACUAUGGUAAAAGAUCUAUCUUGUUCCAGUGUAAGAAUGGUGAUCAACGUCUAUUGACCAAGGUGUAUUACAUCUCGAGUUUGAAAAGCAAUAUUAUUAGCCUUGGUCAAAUGAUAGAAGAAGGUAGCAGAGUGGAGAUAGUCAACCCGUUCCUCAAGAUAUAUGAACAAAACAGAACUCUGUUGAUGAAGGUAAAACAAUUGCGAAAUCGCCUAUAUAAGAUACUAUUGAAAGGCUAUCAACAUCUUCAAAAAGUAUCUAUUGGCGUUGGCAGCAAGAAAGUGAAGAAGAAACCAACGGGUCAGGAGAAAAAGGAAUCGAAAAAUAAAUCCAAGAAGCAACCAGAGGUUGCUUCAAUUAGCAAAGUGCAACUUACAAGUCGAUUAGACUUAUCAUCUCAACAAAGGAGACCUAGAACAAGACCAUUAGAGCAUAAGAGAAAUGAGACUUCAAACUUGUCAUCUCAACCAAAGAAACAUAGAGACAGGCUUAAAAAGAAGGUUGAACACAGAGGAGUACGUAACAAGAAUUUUUUACAUGGACCAAACAAAGUUGAAACUAGAGAGCAACGUGCAGACAUUCUCACCAAGAGCCUAGCAAGGGUUAAAUUUGCAGACAUGCAGGAGUUGCUCGGAGUGAAGAAUAUCAAGCAAAGUCAAGCAUACGGAGGAGAAUGUGAUAACACGUGACAGAGAGAUUUCAGAAAUUUUGGAGCUCCUAACACACAUAAAAGCUAGCUUGGAAAGACACGCAUCAUCUAUGUAAGUAUCCAUACGAACUUUAGUCAAGUAAUACUUGUAGGAGUCGCUAAGAUGUGCUCACAUGCAAACAUUCCUUACCUUAGGUGGUUAAAUAAUGCAUGCUAAGGACUUUGGAAAUAAGUUUUUAGAUGAGUAUGUACUAUGUAUAUGUUACGGUAAAAUUACCGUCAUGUUAUACCUCUAAAUUGAAUAUUUCGA